AUGGGCAAUGCUUCUUCCUUGCUGACUCAAUAUCACAUUGAAGAAGUUCAAGAACACUGCAAUCACACAUUUUCACAGCAGGAGAUUCUAUCAUUGUACCAGAGGUUUUGUCAACUGGAUAUAAAUGGUUGUGGAUUUGUCUGUGGAGAAGAGUUUCUUUCAGUGCCUGAAUUUGCUGUCAAUCCUCUCUCUCAGAAAGAAGCAUACCACUCUGGUAAACUGAACAAAUCCAAUCUUUCAGAUAUGAAAGUUAUAUAUAGAGUUUAUGAUACUGACGGGAAUGGAAAUGUGUCAUUCAAUGAUAUGCUGAAGGUCUUGCAAGAUUUGACUGGACCAUUUAUAUCUGAGACUCAAAGAGAGGUAGUGUUGUUUAUGGGUAGCACCGCCUAUGUUAAAGAAGGAAAUAGAGAGUUAGCAAAAGAUGUGCACAGACUGGCAUGCCUGAGAGUCAGACUUAAGGAUUCCACAGAAGGAGGAAUAGUGGUGACGAAUGGGGUUGAGUCAUCAUUAGUGUCAGACGUAAAAGGCAAGCAAGACCAAGACCCUAUUUUGCUUGAAUUGAAGGUUGUGUUGUUGGAGUUCUUGCGAUUUGAUUCACAGUCUUCCACUGAGUCCCAUCUUUCAAAUCUCUCCAGUUUAGUGUAUUUGGACUUGUCAUUCAACUCAUUGUCUCUGAAGACAAGUUUUGAUUGGCUUCCACCUUUUGAGCUACAAGUUAUAAGCCUUCCAUCUUGCAAUUUGGGACCUUCUUUCCCAAAAUGGCUUCAAAAUCAAAAUAACUACACUGUUCUAGAUAUCUCACUUGCAAGUAUUUCAGACACGCUUCCAAGUUGGUUCUUUAAUUUUCCCCCCAAUCUAAAGAUUUUGAAUCUCUCAAACAACCAAAUCAGUGGAAAAGUAUCUGACUUAAUAGAGAAUACAUAUGGUUACAAGGUUAUAGAUUUAAGCUCUAACAACUUUUCAGGGAAUUUGGCUCUAGUCCCUACCAAUGUCCAAAUAUUUUAUCUGCAUAGAAAUCAGUUUCUCGGAUCCAUCUCUUCAAUUUGUCAAAGUGGAACUUCCCCAACUUCUCUUGACUUGUCAUGCAAUCGAUUCUCAGGAGAACUUCCAGAUUGUUGGAUGAAUAUGUCUAAUCUAGAUGUUCUUAAUCUAGCCUAUAACCAUUUUUCUGGAAAAGUUCCACCUUCAUUAGGCUCCUUGACAAGUUUGGAGUUUGUAUACAUACGCCAGAACAGUUUUAGUGGAAUGUUGCCUUCUUUUUCACAAUGUCAGCGGUUGCAAAUCUUGGACCUUGGAGGAAAUAAUUUGACAGGAAGAAUCCCAGCAUGGAUAGGGUCUGAUCUACUCAAUUUGCGAAUUCUAAGCAUGUGGUUCAACAGAUUCUAUGGCAGCAUACCGUCAAUUAUCUGUCAGUUUCAAUCUCUUCAGAUACUGGACCUUUCAGCAAAUGGAUUAUCAGGGGAAAUUCCACAUUGCUUCAACAAUUUUACCUUAUUGUAUCAGGAUGAUAGUUCUGGUGAGCCAAUGGGAUUUAAUAUCCUAGGUCUCCAUGGUAAUCCUCUUACUUACUACUUGUACAUUGGUGACUUAUUGAUUCAAUGAAAAAAUAUGUUUGAGUACAAGAAUCCUUUAUUAGAUCUGAUGACUAUUGAUAUUUCAUGUAAUGAAUUGGUUGGCGGUAUACCUAAAGAGAUAGCUGAGAUGAGAAGAUUGCAGUCUCUGAACCUUUCAAGAAAUGAUCUGAAUGGAAGUGUCAUUGAAGGAAUUGAUCAAAUGAAGAUGUUGGAGUCUCUUGACUUAUCAAAAAACAAUCUUUCUGGUGUGAUCCCUCAAGGUCUUGCUAAUUUGACUUUUCUUAGUGUGUUGGACUUGUCGAACAAUCACUUAUUCGGGAGAAUUCCAUCAAGCACUCAACUGCAAUGCUCUGAUAGAUCAUCCUACAGUUAUAAUGCUCAACUCUAUGGUCAUCCUCUUAAAGAGUGUCCCAGAUAUUCUCCUCCUAAACCUCAUAUCGAUCAUGGCAGCAACACCAAUCCACAAGAACAUGACGACGAUGAAGAGUUCCCAUAUCUGGAGUUUUAUAUAUCAAUGGUGAUAGGUUUCUUUGUCACAUUUUGGGGAAUCUUGGGCUGUUUAAUUGUCAACCGUUCUUGGAGAAAUGCUUACUUCACAUUCUUAAUGGGCAUGAUGAGUUGGCUCGAUAUGAUGUCAGGAGUCUGGUUUGCAAGGCUCAAGAAAAAGCUGAUGAGGGCCUGA